AUGACAAUAUCAUCACAAAAAACAAGCUCCGACGUGGUACCCCAGGCUCAGCAUAUCGUCGAUGAACUCGAUCUAAGCCCAGACGAUAUCCGACGAGUGACAAAGCACCUCGUACAAAAGCUAAAGGAUGGCCUGGUCCACGAUCGCCCCUGGCAACUACCCACAUACGUGACAAACGUACCAACCGGGACCGAAAAGGGCCGAUUCCUCGCCAUCGAUCUCGGCGGAAGUAAUUGCAGAGUGAGCAUGGCCGAUCUCCACGGCGACUCGACGUUUACCGUCGUGCAGAGCAAGCAUGAAGUCUCUGCCGCGGUCAUGGUGAACCAGCGAUAUCGCCCAUUAUUCGACUUUAUAGCGCAAAAGCUCGCGGAGUUUCUCGACCGGCAUUUGGAUCGUAGAUCCACGUCGCCGUAUAGGCUUGGUUUCACGUUCAGCUUUACCUGUGAGCAGGAGUCGCUUCGAAGCGGUCGUCUUAUUCAUUGGGAUAAAGGGUGGGAUAUACCCGAGGCAAUUGGCCGUGAUCCGUGCGUGAUGCUGCAAGAGUCUAUUGAUCGGAUGGGACUUCCGGUUCGGGUCGCGGUCCUGGCAAAUGACAGCGUAGGGACGUUGUUGACUCGAGCGUAUACUUCUGGUCGAGACGUCUCGACACUUGGCGCGGUGAUUUUCGGGACGGGGACGAACGCUGCCUAUGUGGAGAAGGUGCGCAAUUUACAGCGACUCAGAAUGAAGAGUUUCGGAGGUGAUGGCAUCAUGGUGGUUAACACUGAAUGGGGAUCUUUGGACGAUGAAAUGGCUGUGCUUCCUCGCACAGUACUGGAUGACCAGCUUGAUGCCGCGUCCGUGGACCCAGGGUGUCAAAUGCUGGAGAAGCGAGUUUCGGGCAUGUAUCUCGGUGAAAUACUUCGACUUGCGACGAGACGACUGGUUGAGACGGGGGCCUUGGAUAUGAGUGCGGAAUUGGGUUCAUGUCUGCUUGUUCAUCACGCGAUUGACAGUUCACUGCUAUCACAACUUGCAACGGCAGGUGAUAAUGUCGGCGAGGUAAUUCACUGCCUGGAGAAAACGCUCUCGGUCAAGAAAGUCAGUCCACGAGAUGCAAGGUCUAUCCAAAUGAUAGCUGAAGCGAUUACUCGACGGGCGGCUCGCUUAGCAGGGGCGUCCAUCGCAGCAGUCAUCAUUCAGAGCGGCAGACUCCAAAGCCCAGCCAAGAGCAGUGCAGCAGUCAAAAGCAAAACCGAGUAUGCCGCAGCCAUUUCUGCUCCGAUUUUGAGCUACAAAAGCUUGUGCAAUUACACACCUAUGUUCCUGCGUCGUCUCAUAGACUUUGUCCGAAUUGUCUGCAAAUUGCCCUCGUGGAUGAUGCCCGAAGCUGCCGUUCACGAGAAUACUCUCGACCAUACUACGGAUACUACGCUGGAUGGUACUAUUGAUUUUGGGGCUGACGGGUCCUUGAUCGAGCUUUACCCGGGCUUUGAGAUUGCCUUGCGUGAAGCGAUGAGAGAGGUUACGGAGAUUGGAACGAUUGGUGAGCAGCGAGUGCAGAUUACGUUGACGCCGGACGGAUCUGGCGUGGGCGCUGCAUUAAUGGCAUAUGCGACAAGUUUGGACGGGGAGAAACGAUGA